CCCCCCGUGGGUCCCACCGCGUGGCGCGCUACCACCGAACCCCCGGCCGGCUGGUGCCAGACGGGCCGCGUCCUCUCCCCGCGCCCGGCGGAGGAAGGUGCGGUCCGGGGAGGGGGCCGAGGCCCGACCCGGAAGCCGCCGCUCGCGCUGCGCUCGCCUCUCGCCGGGGAAACUCCGGGUCGCCCGAGUCCUUGGGCCCGCCGCGGCCUCCUUCCCCGGGCCCCACGGGGGCCCAUGGGUCUCCAUGGCGACGGCGGGGGCCCGGCCGGGGGGCGGGCAGCCCGGGUGGGGCCGCGGCGCUCCGGGGGCCUUCGCGGCGGCGUGGCCGUGUUCGCCGGCGUGGCCGCCGUGUUCACCCUCACGCUGCCCCCCUCGGUGCCGGGGGGAGACUCGGGGGAACUGAUCACAGCCGCACAUGAGCUUGGAGUUGCCCAUCCUCCUGGCUAUCCUUUGUUCACGCUGGUGGCUAAACUGGCAAUUAUACUCUUUCCUUUUGGUUCAGUUGCCUACCGCGUCAAUCUUCUGUGUGGCUUGUUUGGAGCAGUAGCUGCGUCAUUACUUUUUUUCACCGUUUUCAGGCUUUCUGGCUCACAUGCUGGAGGAAUCCUUGCUGCGGGGGUGUUUUCAUUUUCUCGUCUAACAUGGCAGUGGUCCAUUGCAGCAGAGGUUUUUAGCUUAAACAAUCUGUUUGUGGGGCUGCUUAUGGCUCUUACUGUACAUUUUGAGGAGGCAGCAACUGCAAAAGAAAGAUCAAAGAUAGCUAAAAUUGGUGCUUUCUGCUGUGGCCUUAGUUUAUGUAAUCAGCAUACAAUAGUACUCUAUGUUUUGUGCAUAAUACCAUGGAUUCUCUUUCGACUUUUAAAAGAGAAGGAACUCUCCCUGGGCUCUCUGUUGAAGUUGAGUCUGUACUUCUCUGCUGGUUUAUUGCCUUACGUCUACCUUCCUAUCUCAUCCUACCUCAAUCAAGCCCGUUGGACCUGGGGAGACCAGACAACGUUUCUAGGAUUUUUGACGCAUUUGCUCAGGGAAGAAUAUGGAACAUUCAGUCUGGCCAAAUCUGAAACAGGAUCCAGUAUGUCUAAAAUUUUGCUUUCUCAAGUAACAAGUAUGAGGACCCAACUCUCACUCAACAUUCAAGCCCUCGCAGUUUGGGCAAAUAUAUGUUUAGCAAGAAAGAACAGACAGAAUCCAUCAUUGGUAUGGCUUUUUACUGGAAUGUUUUGCACUUAUUCAUUGUUCUUUGCUUGGAGGGCGAAUUUAGAUAUUUCAAAACCACUUUUCAUGGGUGUGGUGGAGAGAUUCUGGAUGCAGAGCAAUGCGGUGGUGGCCGUCCUCGCUGGCCUCGGUUUGGCAACACUGGCUUCUGAGAGUAACCGAGUGCUGAACACUAGUGGGCUUCAGUGUCUGGAAUGGCUUUCAGCAGCUCUUUUUAUAAUUUACCAAAUAUAUUCUAAUUUCAGCAUUUGUGACCAAAGGACCAACUAUGUGAUUGAUAAAUUUGCAAAGAACCUUCUAGCCUCUAUGCCUCGUGAUGCAAUUAUCUUACUCAGAGGAGAUUUGCCAGGCAAUUCUCUCCGUUACAUGCAUUAUUGCGAGGGACUGAGACCAGAUAUUUCACUAGUGGAUCAGGAAAUGAUGACUUAUGAGUGGUAUUUACCCAAGAUGGCAAAGCAUUUACCAGGUGUCAGCUUUCCUGGAGACCGGUGGAAUCCUGUGGAAGGAAUAUUACCUAGUGGAAUGGUCACAUUUAAUCUUUAUCAUUUUCUUGAAAUAAACAAACAAAAAAAAACAUUUGUUUGCAUAGGAAUUCAUGAAGGUGACCCAACCUGGAAAAAGAAUUAUUCACUGUGGCCUUGGGGCUCUUGUGACAAAUUAGUUCCUUCAGAGAUUGUAUUCAACCCUGAGGAGUGGAUUAAACUUACAAGAAAUAUCUAUAACUGGACCGAAGAAUAUGGAAGGUUUGAUCCAUCUUCUUGGGAAUCUGUGGCCGACGAAGAGAUGUGGCAAGCAAGGAUGAAAACACCAUUCUUCAUCUUUAACCUGGCAGAAACUGCAAACAUACCUUCGAAUGUGAAGGCUCAACUCUACACUCAUGCGUAUAACCUUUAUAAGGAGAUUGUCUCUUUACAAAAGGAACACCCAGUGAAUUGGCACAAGAACUAUGCCAUCGCUUGUGAGCGCAUGUUACGCCUUCGGGAAAGAGGUGCAGACCCUGAAGUCUUGUUAUCUGAAACCAUCAGACACUUCCGCCUCUACACUCAGAAAGCACGGAAUGAUCCACAGCUGCCUGAUAUUUUCGUUGCUCUAAAGCACCUAAGAAAAGAAUUGCAAAGUCUGAGAAAUAGGAAAAAUGUCUGAGGCAGCAGGAUGUGAAAAAAACCUGCUCAUUGUUCAGCUUCCAGAAUUCCAAAGUGCAAAAGUUUUUCCUCCAAGAAAAAAAAAAUUGAAGACUCAGUCAUUUCCCAGAUAGGGUACAGCAGUACUGUUCAGUGGGGUGUUUGCGUGAUUGCGAUGUGCUACAUAUGCAAAUUCUGUGUAUCUCUUGUCACUUAGCAUUUCAGUGAGAACCUUCCAGAAAACCCUCCUACUUCUUCCAUCUUUCACCUAAUGACUUUGCUUGAUUAGAUGCUAGAAGAGAAUGGGCUAUUUUCACGUACUUUAAAUAUCGCUUGUGAAUCAUUUAUUGGGAUCAGUUUUGAAGAUUGCUUAUUGCUUAUUGGGAUUAGUUUUGAAGAUUAAAUUCAUAAAAUGUUAAUACCAGACCAAAGACACAUUUUCUGUUUCUCAAAAGUAAUUUUUUUUUUAAGAGUGAACCUUGCUCUGCUUCAAAUUAAAAUACUUUUUUUUUUUUUUUAGUAACUUUGGUUGUUACAUAAUCUCACACUUUAAGCUAAACACCAACCCAGUGAAUAUUUUGAAAAAAGUUGGGAGUUUUAUUGUCUUUGAUAAUUCUCUGAAAUCGUUAAAAAAUAAAGCUGCUAAUUUGCUUUCUUUCAGUUGCAUAAAGUGGCAAAUAAAAAGGAUUUUGUAUUUCCUUAGUUAAUUUUAUAUUUAUGUUUUACUUCUGUUUGGGCUCAUAAAUCCAGGCCCAAUAAUUAGUAGGCUCCUGCUGCCAAAAUGCAAAAAAAAAAAAAAAAAAAAAAGUGGGGACUGGGGGGUGGGGUGGAUGGGGAAGUGGUUCAAUAAAUUCAUUUCUGUUACAAGCAUCUUUUAUACAUAUUACUAAAGAGAACAUAGUAAGAAAUGCAAAUAAUAGUUCUUUAUUUUAUUAUGACAGUUAAUUAAUAGCAACCUGUUUUAAUGAAUAAAGUCACUCCGAGUCCUUCAGCACUUCCUAAGUAGAGGCCAGAAUCUGUAGGGAUUCUUUUCCCCCCAAUUGUAUAGCUCCUAGACUCCAAGCGCUAUAUAGGCCCCUGUAUAGAAAUGCUCACUAAUGAAGAGGGAGGGCUAGAAGCUUGUCUGCAUUCAAAGAUCACUGGUGAGUCAUUCAGCAAGAAAAGGCCCCUUACCAGGAAUAGUCACAGUUCCGUGGCAUUGUACUAGCAAAAGGGUCUGAUCAAAGGUCUCCUGUGGAGCUUGCAUGGUUCCCUUUCAUACCACGACCAUAAUUAAAACCACUAAUUCUCUUUUAAAAUGCUGCAGGAUGCCAUGUAGGCAUCUGUCUGGAGUGUCCUUUGUGAUGUCAUAAGCUGUUAAGGACCAGUGCCGAGGGCUUUUGAGUGAAAUGCCAGUCAUGAAGGUGCUUCAAGACAAGGGUGCCUCUCAAAGCUUGACAGGGCCUUGACUGCACAAUUCGAGCUGAAUUUGCCCCUUGUCAGCUGCCAGUAAAUAAAUCUCAAAGGGGGAAAAGCUGAAGUUUCAUUACCUGAUCCAUGGGGCUUUGUUGGUUUUGGCAUCACACAGGGGAAGCCCUUGCCCUUCCAUUCUCUGGAUUUGAAGAUGUCCAUUGGAGCCUGCAGCGCCUGGACAGGGUUCAGAGCGGAACCUUUUGAAGAGUGUCAAUAGUUGUAACAGUUCAGCUGUUAGGAAGACAAAUAAAUGGAGGAGCUCAUUAAUCCGCUUUUGGCUCUCUUUGCCUUUUGCCCUUUUAUCACAGCCUUAUUAGGCUCCUACUCAUCUUGAACCAGAAAAAAAUGAAUUGGAGUUGUUGAGUACUAAUUGGCAAAGACUUUUCAUCAUGGGCCAAGAACUUUCACUGACUUGAAAGUAACUUCUCCACAGGGAAGAACCAAAAACCUGGUUUACCUUAAAACAAAAACCUGUUGAGUUCGGGGUGGUGUAAAAAUUUAAGGAAGCGUUGAUAAAUUGUCUAAGUUUAUCCAUUUGAAAGAAAUCGUGUGAGAUUUCUUUGGAUUUGGAUUUCUACUUUCUUAAAGAGGAAAAGUACAAUAAAAUUCAAGUGAACAUUCCCGGGACAUGUGUUGUUUUUCUUGGUUCAGGAGAGAUGGCGUGCAUGGGUGAGGUGAUGGAGCAUCAGUAGGUACGUGGGCGUGAAUAUGCAUUUGGGCAUCUGUAUACACGUGGUGUCGGAAGGACCUUAUGGAAAGGAAG